GGUGGCCGCUGCUUUUAGGGGGCGUUCCACUGGUGCCGUCGGCACCGCUUAUCAGCGUCCGUUAAAGAUAACGAUCGACGACUCGGUGUACAGCGGCAUCGGGGGGGCAACUUUGCUCGCCGUUUUAACACCGUCAUGCCUCUUUGCACGCUUAAGACGAAUCUGCUGGCCAGCAGGAUUCCGGCCGGAUUCAACGUCAAGUUUGCCCAGUAUGUUGCCUCUCUCCUGAAGAAAGAUAUCGAGAGAGUGACCGUUAUUGUGGAACCAGGUGUGGACAUAUCUAGAGCCGGCACGACCGAUCCCAACUGUCUCCUCUCGAUUCAUGCCAUCAGCGUGUUCUCUCCGGAAAAGAACAAGGAGUACGGCAGCCAACUGAGGCAGUUCAUCUCGGACAACUUGGCACUGCCGCCGAAGAGGAUUGUUAUAACUCUGUACGACCUGAGUCCCACCGAUCUCGUUGUCGCCUGAGAGGCCUUUCGUCAUUGUAGUUGCCCUUCCUUCAUUUCCAGUUGCGUGCUGCGCGCUGUGGCAUUUGUGUUCCAUUAUGUGCAAUAAAGAGUUUCAUUUAUCGUGA